AUGACUGCCUUCCGCCCAAGUCCCUUCAGGCCCACUAUGCCCCUGCGUGUCUCUUCGCAGCCACAGACACUUCUCAAGACGCCUGCAACAAGGCCUAAGGAGGAGCAUGCUUCCGGCUGGUCUUCUUUGUGGGACAACGACAAAAGUCACUUCUGGGAUCGCGGAAAGCCUUCGCCUGCUCUGCAAGACCUGUUGAACCUUUACCCUGAUGUGGUGUCUGAACUCCCUCGUGGCCCAGAACGACGACGCAAAGCAUUGGUGCCAGGCUGUGGGAAGGGUUAUGACGUGGUGAUGCUUGCCUUGCAUGGCUACGAUACCUAUGGACUCGAUGUUUCUGAGAAAGCUGUCGAAGCUGCCAGGGAAUAUACCGCCAACGAACUACGUGAUCCAUCUGCGUACAACUUCAAGGAAGCAUCCCCGUAUACCCAUUCACCUGAAGGCGCGACUCGCGGCACUGCCACCUUUUCAGUUGGCAACUUCUUUGAGCGAGAGUGGGAAUCUCUUGUCGCUACUGAAGAUGAACAGAAGUUCGACCUCAUAUACGACUAUACGUUCUUGUGUGCUCUUCCACCGGAUAUGCGCCGGGAUUGGGCAAUUCGCAUGAGUGAGCUUCUAGCCCCAAACGGCAUUCUCGUAUGCUUGGAGUUUCCUCUCUACAAAGAUCCUAGACUCCCUGGACCUCCAUGGGGUUUGAAAGGCGUUCACUGGAACUUGCUAGCCGAGGGUGGCAACGGCCUGAUUGAUCCAGCCUCUGGUAUGCCAGAGGAAACAACGCCAAAAGAGGGGCUGUUUGAAAGGAAACUAUAUCUAACGCCAGAGAGAACGUUUGAAAUCGGACAAGGCACAGAUAUGUUAAGCGUUUGGAAGCUUCAGCAAUGA